CCAGGACUAAACCAGGACUAAACCAGAACUAAACCAGGACUAAACCAGGUCUGGACCAGUUCUAAACGACCAACGACAGGUGCUCUCUUUAAUGACAGUUUUUUGCGUGAUGUGGGCCGGAGUGAAGCUGAACUCGAGCGCGGAGCAGGACUGGACUCAGGUUUCUGUGGCGCUGAGAUGGACCCAGUUCACUGCGUCGUGUCUCAGUGUUUUUGGGUCGAGCUCCAUCAUCGUCUGUGUGACGUCCCAGAGACUCCGGACUGAGUCGGUUCCGGUGCUGUGGCUCUGUGCUUCUCUUCUUCUUGUGUCGCUCUUGUGGCUCGUGGCGUCCGUCGUGUUUGACGGCUGCUCGUGGCUCCGCCCCCUUGAACAGAUUUUCUUUUUCAGUUGUUUCUUUUUUUCUCUGAAUUUCGUCUGGACUCAGUUUGUUUCCAUCAGAGCCCAGUUCACCUGCCGCCUCAGCGGAGCCCAGGGACAGGUUUCCAGCAGAGUCGACUCCAGACGGAAGAAGGAGGUUCUGCUCUGUGGUCUGGUUCCUGUUCUCCUGACGACUCCACUGUUCGUCCAAUCAGAGCACAGCACCUGUCAGACCAACACCACCGCCCCUGACAGGUGUUUGCUCCUGGACGCCGGUGCCCUGUUUGUGACAUCACAGCACCAACAGCCAAUCAGAGCCUGUCGUCUGCUCCAGGCCUACUGUAGCUCCGCCCUCCUCUGCAGCUUCCUGCUCACGCUCGCCGGGAUCACGGGGUUGCUGGUUCGAUCCCGCGCUUUGCUGCGUCGGCUCGUGUCGUGUGGAGGGUUCGUGAGUGUCCAGCAGAGGGCGCUGCUCCGGGACAUGGACCGAAGGACGGUGCUGUACCCGCUCGUCUUCUUCUGCUGCUGGAGCCCAGCGGUUCUCGUAGCGUCGCUCCGGCUCCUGUCGCCGUCUGGACCCCAGGGACCGACCGGAGCCGCCCUCUACAUCACACAGGUUCUGUGCUGUGGCUCUCAGGGCUGGUGGGUCUCGUUGGUCUUUGGAGGAUCCAGGUCCAGAGUUUUUCUCAGAGACGUUCAGACACAAACCCCCCUGACGAGGAACCAGAAGCACCGAGACUAUCACAGCCUCCUGACCCGACCCGGACCAGACCCGGACCAGAAAGAACAAAAUACACAAGAGUCUGAAAACUCUGAGUCCAAACUGGACGCCCACGAGUCUCAAAGACAGAGGACGCCCCCCCCAGAGGACGCCCCCCCCCCGGAGGACACCUCCCCCGGGGACGCCUCCCCCCGGAGGACGCCCCCCCCGGGAGGACGCCUCCCCCGGGGACGCCUCCCCCCAGAGGACGCCCCCCCCCGGAGGACACCUCCCCCAGGGGACGCCUCCCCCCGGAGGACGCCUCCCCCCCGGAGGACACCUCCCCCAGGGGACGCCCCCCCCCGGAGGACGCCUCCCCCCGGGGACGCCCCCCCCAGAGGACGCCCCCCCCGGAGGACACCUCCCCCGGGGACGCCUCCCCCCGGAGGACGCCCCCCCCGGAGGACGCCCCCCCCCAGAGGACGCCCCCCCCCGGAGGACACCUCCCCCCGGGGACGCCUCCCCCCGGAGGACGCCCCCCCCGGAGGACGCCUCCCCCCUGAGGACGCCUCCUCCUGA